AUGGACCAUGAAAAAAGAUUUUGUGGAAAAUUCAAGCUGGAAAUUGGAGGUCACAAAUUUUCUUUCAAAUCAUGGUGGUUAGCUUACUAUGAAAAGUUGGAAAGCAUAGGUAAGCUUUCUUCCUUACGGGUAGAUCAACUGGCCAAUUUAUGUUUCGUCAAUGAUCAGUAUGCAACCAUGAAAGUGGUUACAAUUUCCUUGUUUGUAUUUCUUCUUGUCAUCGCAGCCACUGUUAUUAGCUUUUGUGAUGGGAAUUCCAAUGUGCUUUGCAUUGAAAGUGAGGGGCAAGCCCUUUUGAAGUUCAAGCAAGACCUCAUUGAUCAAUCAAACAGGCUAUCUUCUUGGGUUGAAGGUGAGGAUUGCUGUGAGUGGGUUGGUGUUUUCUGCAAUAACUUGACUGGCCAUGUCAAAGAGCUGCACUUGGGUCUUCUUUCAAGAGGACCUGAUGCGGAUGAGCCGGUUGCUGAAUGGGAUGCUUACCUUCGGUCAAAGCUAGGAGGCAAAAUAAAUCCUUCUUUGAUCGAGUUGAAGCAUAUCAGUUUCCUAGACUUAAGCAACAACGACUUUGGAAGCCUGACAAUUCCCGAAUUCAUUGGUUCGAUGAAGAGUUUGACAUAUCUUAACCUUUCUCUAGCAAAUUUCCAAGGAGAAAUUCCCCAUAAUAUUGGAAAUCUUUCAAAAUUGCUUUAUCUUGAUCUUGGACACAAUCCCUAUUUGAAACUAAAACUCUUCAAUGGGUUUCUGUUACACUUGUCAAGAUGCUCUCUAAAUAAUGAUCCAUCUCCAGUCAGUGUUAAUUACACAUCUCUUGCUGUUCUUGAUCUUUCGAGAAACACGUUGUCUUCGGUGCCUACAUGGAUAUUCAGUCUCCGUAGUCUUGUGUCCAUUGAUCUGAGGUCUAAUGGAGUUGAAGGUGUGAUUCCCAAUGGUUUUCAAAACAUGUCUUCUCUCAAAUUUCUUGAUCUUAGUAGGAAUGCCUUCUCUUCAUCGACACUCAGCUGGUUGUCUAAUUUAAACCGACUUCAAUUCCUUGGUCUCAGCAGUGCCGGCCUGCAAGGUAAUUUUUCAAGUGCCAUUGGAAACUUAAGCUCUCUUACUCAUCUUGAUGUUUCACAUAACCAGCUUGAAAUUAUAGAACCUAAAUGUUUGGAAAGUCUUUGCACUAUGAGGGAGAUGGAUUUGUCAAAUAAUGGAAUUGAUCAAGAGGUAUCAGAAAUCAUAGAGAGUUUGUCUAGAUGUAGUUUGGAUCGAUUAGAGUCAUUAAAUAUUGCAUCUAACAAACUUUCUGGCCAUUUACCUGAUCAACUUGGCCAAUUUAAAAUUUUGGCAUACCUUUUCCUUUCUAGAAACUCCAUUUCUGGUCCCAUUCCAUCCUCAAUAGGGAAGUUGUCAUCAUUGAAAGUUCUUGAUGUUUCAUACAAUCGAUUGAAUGCAACUCUUCCUCAAAGUUUAGGACAACUUGGGAAUUUGGAAGAUUUAGACGUUAGCUAUAAUGUGUUGGAAGGAAAUAUAUCAGAAACGCACUUUUCUAAUCUCACGAGAUUGAAAUUUUUUUGGGCAUCUAACAACUUGUUAACGUUUAAACCAAACCCAAGUUGGAUUCCUCCUUUUCACUGUAAAAGUAUUGGAUUGGGUAACUGGCAUCUUGGUCCGCAAUUUCCUCAGUGGUUACAAUUCCAAAAGAACUUGUCUUUUUUAGAUAUCUCCUGUGCUGAAAUUUCAGGUGUCAUUCCCACUUGGUUUUGGAACCUUUCAACUCAAUUUGAAUGUCUAAACCUUUCCCAUAACCAACUAGGCGGGGAGAUUUCAUAUUUAUUGAUGAGUUCGAUGGUUGACUUGAGAUCCAACCAAUUCACAGGUCCAUUGCCGCAGGCAUCCUCUGAUUUGGAGUAUUUAUUUUUGACUAACAAUCUAAUUUCAGGAUCCUUAUCUAAUUUUCUUUGUAAUUCCCAAACUAAACUGGAAACUUUGAGCAUUCUUGACAUUGAAUCAAAUCUUCUGUCAGGUGCAAUUCCAGAUUGUUGGAAAAUUUUGGGAAGUUUGCAAGUCUUAAAUUUAGGAAAUAACGAUCUAACUGGGACAAUUCCUAUAUCCUUGAGAUAUAUGGUUCAUAUUGAGUUAUUAAACCUUCGUAACAAUAACUUAUUUGGAGAAGUACCAUCCUCAUUGCAGCAUUUAAAUGUUACGCUUAUUCUUGAUCUUAGUGAAAACCAAUUAACGGGGAGUAUUCCAGCAUGGAUUGGAGACAAGCUCUCAAAACUCGUGGUGCUAAACCUCCGUUCAAAUAACUUUCAAGGCUAUAUUCCUGAUCAAAUAUGUACUCUUAAUUCUCUUCAGGUCUUGGAUCUUGGUUAUAACAACAUUUCAGGAGCUAUUCCAAAAUGUUUUAGUAACUUAAGUGCCAUGGCCACAAAACCCUCCGACCAACACCUAAGUUAUUGGGCUUUCGAAUUAGACUUUGAUAACCUGUUUUAUUUGGGUGCGUUAUUGGUGACAAGAGGAAGGGAGGAUGAAUACAGUACCACACUUAGACUUGUUACUAGCAUAGACCUUUCAGUUAAUAGUCUCACAGGAGAGAUCCCCAAAGAACUUGGAAAUCUUAUGGGGCUGCGGUCAUUAAAUUUGUCGAAGAAUCUCCAAACAGGAAAGAUACCAGAGAACAUUGGCAAUAUGGAGGUGUUGGAAUCUCUUGACUUGUCGAUUAACCGACUCCAUGGUGAAAUCCCUUCAAGUUUCUCCAAUUUGAAUUUCUUGAAUCACUUCAACUUGUCCUACAACAACUUGACAGGACAAAUCCCAUUAGGCACCCAGCUCCAAAGCUUUGACAGGUCUUCUUACAUUGGCAAUCAUCUUUGCGGACCUCCAGUCACUAAAAAUUGCAGCGGAAAUGGCGAAACACCUGAUUUUACAAAUGGAGGUAGCAGUGGAGGAAAGAAAAGAUCUAAGGUGAAUUGGCUUUAUGUGAGCAUAGUGCUUGGAUUUGUGAUGGGGUUUUGGGGAGUUGUGGCUCCCCUGUUUUUCAUCAGGUCUUGGAGGUUUGCUUAUUAUCAAAAACUGGAGCAAAUUGGUGAUAAGCUAUACGUGUUUUGGGCUACUAUUGCAUUACAUGUAAUUUAUCGAAAGGAAAUAAAAUUGUGUUAA